AUGUCUGUUUUUCUAGUAUUUUGCUUUAUUAUAGAUUUUUAUAGAUCUUCUUGGAGUGUCACCAUCACUAUUGGUUUCUUUAUCUACUUGGAUUCCUUACAAGUUUCUCAUGAACUUUCUUUAUUAACUGACAACAUUGUUGUUGCAGGAGCUAAACGAGAAAUUGAAGAACGUAUUGUUCCACGGAGUGCUGAUGCUGAUGUGGAUGUUAAGAGUGAUGAUGAGAGUGAUGACGACGAAGAUGAUACCGAAGCUCUCUUGGCAGAACUUGAACAGAUAAAGAAAGAAAAAGCAGAGGAGAAACUUCGUAAAGAAAGGCAAGAGCAAGAAGAAGAGCUUAAAGCAAAGGAGACAGAAUUAUUGAGAGGAAACCCUCUGUUAAACAAUCAGCCAACAACUUUCAGCUUGAUGCGAAGGUGGGAUGAUGAUGUGGUUUUCAAGAACCAAGCUCGCGGUGAAAUGAAGGCAACUAAGCGCUUCGUCAACGACACUAUCCGGAAUGACUUCCAUAUGAAGUUUCUUCAGAAAUACAUGAAGUGAAACAUGUCUCUCCGAAAAAUGCUCAUUAAGAGUUGGCAAAUAUUGUGUGUCCAUUUAUGCUGCACCCUCAACUGGAUCGAAGCGAAUUGAACUGUUUUUGAGCCAUCGUCUAUGAUGGUCAAGUGUGACCCGCGACAUGGGAAAUACAUGGCUUGCUGUUUGAUGUACAGAGGUGAUGUUGUGCCCAAGGAUGUUAACGCUGUUGUCCCCACAAUUAAGACCAAGCGAACCAUUCAGUUUGUGGACUGGUGCCCAACUGGGUUCAAAUGUGGUAUCAAUUACCAACCACCAACUGUUGUCCCUGGUGGAGACUUGGCCAAAGUUCAAAGGGCUGUAUGUAUUCUCUGUGUUUUGCUUGGAAAAUUAUGUUGCCAAUGGUCUCAUCGGUACCUAAAUUAGUAGUGGUUCAUAUUCAGUAGCUUCAUUCAUGUAUUGAUUAAACUUUCUGGAUAUGUAUUUGCUAUUCUUUGGCAAGUGUUGUGACAUUAAUUUUAUUCUCGAUUGCUACGUACACUCCCCAUA